AUGGUCUCCCCCACUCGUAGCUCUCAUCCUCAUCCCGAGGAAUUUCUCCACCACAAUUGGGAGGACGUUGACGUCACCCAAUUCACCGAGUUUGCUCCUGUUGGCAACCUUGGCGACGCUGAACUCGUUUCAGUUAGUAGCUUUGGUUCCAACUUGGGAUCUCGGGAUCUCCUAGAGAUCGACGAGUUGGACGAGGAGGAAGACCGAAUCUCCCGCAACAUUGUGGGCGAUGACUCCGCGGCUAACGAUCCCACCAACUUCGCCGCCGAUCACCCCUUCUUCACCGACGGACCACCUCGACACGUGGACCCCGAGCAGCAGGCCGAAAUCGAGCGAAUCGAGAGGGAGGCCAUUGCUCGACGCCGACAACACGCUUCCACGGCCAAGUUGAUCAAGGGCGUCACCCUGUCCAAGCACCCCAACCGAUUCCCCGAGCUUCUUCGAUACGCCGAUGGCGCUUCCUUUUCCCAGUGGGUAUGGAGGCCAUACGACUGCAGGCUCUCCGUGGAAGAUCUCAUGAAAGAUGUGCCUUUCGACGAGAAUGAUCAAUUCAUUCCAGCGCGAGGCGAAGAAACCCCCACCGCGCUUAUGCUUCUGAAGGCAUUCUACAGAGGCAUGGUUCGCGAGACAACCCAGCUGGAGAUGGAGCUGAACUCCGGCGCCUUUGCUGCGCACCUGGAAACCUCCAAGUGCACCAUCCCCCUCGUCAAUCUCCAGUUUGGCCACAUCCCGCUCUCCGGCAAGAAGGGCUCCAUUCGACGUGGCCGAAUCUUCAAAAGACAAAGACGAAACUAA